GCUGCGGAGCCACUGCUGCAGCAGCCACCAUGAUUCCCCCAGUUGACUCUCUGCUUAAGUAUGACACCCCCGUGCUAGUGAGCCGGAACACAGAGAAGCGGAGUCCCAAGGCCCGUCCCCUGAAGGUCAGCCCCCAACAGCCAUUGUCUACAGGGCCAGUCCCACAGCCACCCAAAAGUAAGGCUACCCCUUCUACUUCUGCUGCAGACCCCACCAAGCAGGCUGAAGAGAUCCUGAACUCCAUCUUGCCUCCCAGAGAAUGGGUGGAAGAUACUCAGCUAUGGAUCCAGCAGGUGUCCAGCACCCCCAGCACCAGGAUGGACGUGGUGCAUCUCCAGGAGCAGCUGGAUUUGAAGCUGCAGCAGCGCCAGGCCCGAGAGACUGGGAUCUGCCCUGUGCGCAGGGAGCUGUACUCCCAGUGCUUCGAUGAGCUGAUCAGAGAAGUGACCAUCAAUUGUGCGGAGCGGGGCCUGCUGCUGCUUCGUGUCCGGGAUGAGAUCCGCAUGACCAUUGCAGCCUAUCAGACCCUGUAUGAAAGCAGUGUGGCCUUUGGCAUGAGGAAGGCACUCCAAGCUGAGCAAGGGAAGUCUGACAUGGAGAGGAAAAUUGCAGAUUUGGAAACAGAGAAGAAAGAUUUGGAGAGGCAAGUGAAUGAGCAGAAGGCUAAGUGUGAGGCCACUGAGAAGCGGGAGAUUGAGAGGAGGCAGGUUGAAGAGAAGAAACACAAUGAAGAGAUUCAGUUCCUGAAGCGGACCAAUCAGCAGCUGAAGGCCCAGCUGGAAGGCAUCAUUGCACCAAAGAAGUGAAGAUUUCUACAUGGGCCCCAGUGAGAACUAUCCCUAUAUAAACAGUCCCCUGUAAUAAAAAGCUACAGUUUAGUGAGUGAACCAGCCCAAGCCCGUGGCCUCCAGAAAAAGCACCAUGCAACAUUCACACCUCUGUCUAAAUGCCCUGAAAACACCUCAAGAUUUGGUAGUAAUAAUGCCCAAGGUUGGACAAUGGGAAUUCAUGCCUCCCGGGUAUCUUCCAUACUUGGCUUGCCAGUUUUGGAAUUAGCUAAAAGCCCACUUGGCAUUGCUUCAUGUAGACCCCUGAGCAAGGGUUGUCCAGCUCAGGGGUUGAAGUGGCCACUGUUGCACCUUCCCUCCUCUAUCCAAGGGAAGCAGCUCCUUCUCCCUUGAACUUUAGUUUUCCAUAGUUCUUAUCCUUUCAUCAGUGCUUCUCCCAAUACUUGCUACCUUUUCCACUCUCCUCCAAAGGGUCACCUGUCUGGGGUCUGUUCUUCCCCACCCAACUGUUUUCAUCCUUUGCUCUGAGUUAGCCCAUCAACCACUACAGCCUCUGCUGUCUCAAGCUGCCAGCAGCAGUUGUUCCUCUUCAGGAGAAGUCAGUAAGAUUAUUAACAUUAAUGGAUCUGUCUAGGCAUUUGCCAGAAAGAAAGCUAAGUCACGGAUGUCUAGCACAAGGAGGCCACUUACAGACGCCAAAGCAACCUACUUCAGUAAGUGUCUGUUGUUGGGCUUGCUCUUAGACUGCAGGAAGAGGAUCUAUCCCCUGAAUAGCCAUGCCUGAUUAUUCAAAGCUGAUCAAACCCCAGGAAGGAACCUUGAUUUAGUACAACUGGUAAACCAAUCAGUGAGGACUGACCACGGAUGGCUACUGCUCUUGCUCAGGAGGGUAAACUUUCAAGUCAAAGUAAAAUAAAUCCAAAUCAGGUUUCCUGGUUAUCUUUUGGUUUGGUUUGUUUUUUGUAGCACCAUAUCUGUUAAAGGUUAUUUUAUUUACUGCCUGGUAAAUGAAAAUUGAAGCUAAGAGGGAAAAAAAAGCUAACUCUCUUAUUUCUAUUUGGGGCCAGAUGGGUUUAGUCUUUGGAGGAAGCUGUUCAAACCAGUUCUCCCAUGCUGCAUGGCAAAGAGGUCUUUAACAUAGCAGGCUCUACAGGCUCCUGACCCUAAAGGAGAAGAAACCUCACUAGUGAAGUGGGCCUUCCUGCCAGCAGGAGACACUCAGAAUCCUGCUCACUACUAUUCGGGUAGGGAGAUUUGCUUGAAAAAGGGCCAUCUGCUGCAGGAACCGCUGCUUCCAUUAAGGCAGGUACUACUUGUUCACCACGCUCAGGCAUCAGAAAAGGCAUUGGGCCUCCCCAGCACCAGACAGUUCUACAAGAAUCUGCAGGGGCUCUGAGGAUCCGCCGCACUCUACUCACUGAAAACUGAAUUCCAAAUUCUGGACUGGCCAUCCAACACCUCCCGCUGCUGCAUCUCAAGUUUGGGCUCCACGAGGUAGUUCUUGAAAGUCUACUUUGCAGGCCUCUUGUGCGUCUGACCGAACAAAACAGUGAUUAGACAGCCCUGCUUCCUCUGCAUCUGCCAGCUAAGUACUGUGAUGGGCAGUACCCAGAGGGUUAUUGGAAGUAUCCCUGAAAAUCUCAAAGGUUUCCAUCACUUAAAUACGACUUUAACUAGUCAAGAUACAGUGUCUCUUUGUGUGUUUUCUCCAGGCCCCAUGAGUGAUUUCAGAACAACAGUGAUGU